AUGUAGUAAAAAUCAAAAACUUUGUUGCAUUUAUUGCAAUAGUAAUAGCAUUAUCAUGAUGAUAUCAAUACAUCCUUAGAAUCCAAUUUUAAACAUAGUUCAGAACAUACAGAAAAGAAAUUUGAUUUAAAACUUCAAAAAUCUGUAGUGGAACUCUAUUAAUAAAUAAAAAGCAGCAUCUAAAAAACAGAAGACCAAGUUUAAAUCAUAAACUAUUAAUAGUUGUUAUUAUGUUAGAUAAAGAAAGUGGUGCCUCUUGAUAAACAGGAAGAUUUAUAUACAGAUCCCAUCUCAUUAAUUUGUUAUAUCGGAUGCAUAUUCUCGAUUGUCUUGCAAAAUAAAGUAUUCUUUGAGUGAGAUUAGUUCAAUUUAGAAUAACAGAUAGAAGAUCACAACUCUAGAAACUAAAAUGAUUAUGAAGAAUAAUUGAUCAAGUUGGAAGCAGAGAUCCGUUAACAUAUACGAGUAUUUCAUAUGAACUAAUUAAGAUUGAACAAUAAUUGAAGUUGUUUGCUGAAAAUACACAAUCAAAGUUAGAAGAUGUGCUCAAAAUUAAAGAUGACUUAGAAGAAGAGUUGUAGACACUCAAAAAUGAAUUCCAAGUAUUUUAUUAUUGAAAUCAAGAUUCUAAAUGAAAAAAAUAAUACAUUGAAUCAAAAACUAAAGAUACAAGAAAAGGAUAUACAAAACAUAAAACUAAAUUCAAAAGUUGAUUUAAAUUCUUAAAAUAUAAAGUUUGGACAAUAAUCGAAAAAAACCUAGUUAGAUAAAGAUAACAUUGAAAAUGAGUUUAUGAAAUAAUAGACUGUCUCAUUGAAUGGCUAAAAGGAUAAAUUUAAAUGUCUAGGUCAAGAAUAUGUAAAUGUUAACAGUAUUUUAAAAGGAAAACCGAUUGCGAACAGAACCAUAAGAUGAUUACAUUAAAUUUCGCAAUAAUUCAUAGAAACGUAUAUUUUCAACUCACAUCUCCAAUAAUAAUAAUAAUAAUAAUAAUACUAAAUCAAAUAAUUAAGCUAGUCGAGUACAAACUGAAACUAGUGAAUAUCCAGAUAAAAAUAGAAAAAGUAAUUUAUCUAAUUAUGAAACAUCAUAAGUUACAAUAAAUCAUCAAAGAAAUUAGACAACAUAAAAUGUUUUAAAUCUAAUAAGUAUAGAAUCAUUAAUAUUUCAAAAGAUCAAGAAUUCAAAAGAUAAUAAUCAAUAAAAGGUUGUUCUGAAAAAUCUACACUCAAUUCAACUAAACCUCAAAAGAAGGCUUCUUCAUCUUAACACACUGAAGCAAAUAGAUCCAAUAAUUCUGUUCAUAGUUUUCGCAAACAGCCUCAAGAAGUUAUACAAAUUCCAAGACCCUUUUCGUGUGCUGAAUAGAUUGAAGAAGCUUAACAUUCAGUAAAUAUUUAAUUUAUAAGCAAGUUGCGUAAAGAUAUUAGUGUGGAUUUAAAUGGAUAAUAAAAAUUAAAUGCUGAUUAUUUGGAAAAUCAAUUAUAAAUAAAGAAACUCUUACAAUAAUAUUAAUAAAAGCAUUCCCUUAAUGAUAAUUUAACUAAAAAAUUACUGUAAGAAUACAAAAAAAGAUCAGGUUAUAAUUGUAAAACCAUUUAUUGA